AUGUUCCGCUUCGACGUCGGCCAGACUCUCCGGGUAGAAAUUCCCCCUACACAAUCGCCGCCCCACUUCGAAACCGCCCAGAAGGACCAUGGCUUGCUACGGAUCGGGCCGGAUAAGAAGAGAGUCACUAUAAAGUCUGACCCUGCGAAGCGCUUGGAGAAAGAAGCCCAGAUGCUCCGGCUUUUCCAGGGAUGCGACUCCAUCCGUCAAUUGGUCGACCAGACUGCGGAUCCGGAAUCGUUAGUCCUGGAGUAUAUGGACAACAACGCCCUCGAUUUACUGAAGAAGAAGCAACUCCCGAGAAUAGAGGCGAAGCGUGCUCUUAAGGCAGCACUUCAAGCGCUUGCCGUAUUGCACGAUAAUAACAUUGUGCACACAGAUGUCAAACCUGACAACAUUCUCGUCAAGAACAGUGCCCUAGGUCCUCUAUACAAGCUUGGCGAUCUAGGAGAUGCUUCACCGCCAGAUGUGGUCUCAAACGAUGGAGGGCACUUGAUCGGCGCCGAGAUAUUCUGCGCUCCGGAGGUGCCGCUUGGAAUCCCGUGGACGACCAAAGCUGGUAUUUGGGGACUCGGUGCCACGGGCAUCACUUUGGUUGAUGCGCCCCCGUCAGGCGAUACGCAACUCUCCUUGGCAGUCCUCCAAAUCCAAAACGACUUCUACGGGCCCAUUAGCAUAGAGGCUCUCAAGGGCCUCGCUGAUGACUCGAUUCUGCCGUUACUGCGACAAUUCGAAGAGAACUACCAAGCGUUCCCCUUGUCCUCCGCGCCUGGGAGUAUCAGAAAGGAGGAUGUUGACUUCUUUGGCUACGUUAUGAGGAAUUGGCUACGUUAUGAAGAUUGA